CGCGCAGUUUUCGUCGGCGCGCGCACUGUGCCUGGGGCCCAGCUGUGGCGCCGCGCGUGCGCGUUCCGCUGUGCGCGGCAGGGCACUGGGCUAAGCGGCUGAGGCCGCACCCCAAGAGGCGGGCAUAGACAGGAGGAGGGUCGGCCGGGCGUGUGGGCGGGGCGUGACCUGGAGGCGGGGCGGGGCCCGAGGCUCGCGGCGCCCAGCUCUCGCGAGAGCGGCGCUUGAUGACGACCGGGAGGGCGGGGCGCGUCUGGGGCGCCGGCGGGUGCGUUUGAAUCUGGUCCGAGCGCGGGAAACGGCGGGUCCGGGAGCCCAGGAAUGGCCUUUUGAAAGGGAGCAUCUUCAGAAUCUAGCAGCUGGGAUCAGAUUAUUCUUUUGUUGAAUCAACUCAGAUCUGCCAAGACAGCAUCUUGCUAAGGGUUAAAAAAUAAAUGACAUUUGAACAGUUCCAUCUGUCAUGGAAAAACGUGAGACAUUCGUACAAGCCGUGUCUAAGGAGCUGGUUGGAGAGUUUUUGCAAUUUGUUCAACUUGAUAAAGAGGCCUCUGAUCCUUUCAGCCUAAAUGAAUUACUGGAUGAAUUAUCAAGGAAACAGAAAGAAGAAUUAUGGCAAAGACUGAAGGAUUUAUUGACAGAUGUGUUGUUAGAAAGCCCCGUGGAUGGGUGGCAGGUAGUGGACGCCCAGAGUGAAGAUAAUAUGGAAACAGAACAUGGCUCAAAAAUGAGAAAAAGCAUAGAAAUAAUUUAUGCAAUUACAUCUGUGAUUCUUGCUUCUGUAUUUGUAAUCAAUGAAAAUGAGAACUAUGAAGCCUUACUGGAAUGUGUUAUUAUAUUAAAUGGUAUUUUAUAUGCAUUACCUGAGUCUGAACGAAAACUACAGAGUUCUAUUCAGGAUUUGUGUGUUACCUGGUGGGAGAAAGGCCUGCCUGCCAAGGAAGACACAGGGAAGACAGCCUUUGUCAUGUUGCUAAGGAGGAGUCUGGAGACUAAGACAGGUGCAGACAUAUGUCGGCUUUGGCGUAUCCAUCAAGCUUUAUAUUGCUUUGAUUAUGAUUUGGAGGAAAGUAGAGAAAUUAAAGAUAUGUUACUUGAGUGCUUCAUAAAUAUUAAUUAUAUCAAGAAAGAAGAGGGAAGAAGAUUUCUUAGUUCUCUUUUCAACUGGAAUAUAAACUUUAUCAAAAUGAUCCAUGGGACCAUUAAAAACCAGUUACAGGGAUUACAAAAGUCUUUGAUGGUAUACAUUGCAGAAAUUUAUUUCAGAGCUUGGAAAAAGGCUUCAGGGAAAAUACUGGAGACAAUUGAAAAUGAUUGCAUCCAGGACUUCAUGUUCCACGGGAUACACCUUCCAAGGAGGUCUCCAGUGCACUCCAAAGUGCGGGAGGUUCUGAGUUACUUUCACCAUCAAAAGAAAGUUCGGCAGGGAGUGGAAGAGAUGCUUUAUAGAUUAUAUAAACCCAUUCUUUGGAGAGGACUAAAGGCCAGAAACUCUGAAGUUCGAUCAAAUGCUGCAUUGCUGUUUGUUGAAGCAUUUCCUAUUAGGGAUCCAAGUUUUCACGCUAUUGAAAUGGAUAGUGAAAUUCAGAAACAGUUUGAAGAGCUCUAUAGCCUUUUAGAAGAUCCUUAUCCGAUGGUCCGUUCCACAGGGAUCCUUGGUGUUUGUAAAAUAACUUCCAAGUACUGGGAAAUGAUGCCCCCAACCAUUCUUAUUGACCUCCUGAAGAAGGUGACUGGGGAACUGGCAUUUGACACGAGCUCAGCUGAUGUUCGUUGUUCUGUCUUUAAGUGUCUGCCAAUGAUAUUGGAUAACAAACUGAGCCACCCAUUGUUAGAGCAGCUCCUGCCAGCUCUCAGAUACAGUCUCCACGACAAUUCGGAGAAAGUGAGAGUGGCUUUUGUGGACAUGCUGUUGAAGAUCAAAGCUGUGAGGGCUGCUAAGUUUUGGAAAAUAUGCCCCAUGGAGCACAUUCUGGUUCGUCUGGAAACUGAUUCUCGACCCGUGUGUCGGCGCCUGGUGAGACUCAUCUUUAAUUCUUUCCUGCCUGUGAAUCAGCCAGAGGAGAUCUGGUGUGAGCGCUGUGUCACACUGGUGCAGAUGAACCACGCCGCUGCCAGGAGGUUUUAUCAGUAUGCCCACGAACAGACCGCCUGCACCAACAUAGCAAAGCUGAUUCAUGUUAUUCGUCAUUGCUUAAAUGCCUGUAUCCAGAGGGCAGUGAGAGAGCCUGCGGAGGAUGAGGAGGAGGAGGAGGAGGAAGAGGAGGAAGAGGACGGGAGGGAGAAGGAGAACAUGAGCGUUCUGGACAAAACACUGUCAGUAAGUGAUGUUGCAUGCAUGGCAGGUUUACUAGAAAUCAUUGUGAUUCUCUGGAAAAGUAUUCACAGAAGUAUGGAAAAUAAUAAAGAGGCCAAAGUUUACACCAUUAACAAGUUUGCCUCUGUGCUUCCAGAGUAUCUGAAAGUAUUUAAGGAUGAUCGCUGCAAGAUCCCUUUAUUCAUGCUAAUGUCCUUUAUGCCGGCUUCUGCUGUCCCUCCAUUCAGCUGUGGUGUGAUCGCCACUCUGAGAAGCCAGGAGGAGGGUGCUGUGGACAAGAGCUACUGUACUUUGUUGGAUUGCCUCUGCUCCUGGGGGCAAGUGGGCCACAUUCUGGAGCUUGUUGACAACUGGCUGCCCACAGAGCAUGCCCAGACCAAGAGCAACGCAGCUUCUAAACGCAGGGUCCAGAUCCAUGACACACGCCCAGUCAAACCUGAAUUGGCAUUGGUCUACAUUGAGUAUCUGCUGACUCAUCCAAAGAAUCGCGAGUGCCUGCUCUCUGCUCCUCGGAAGAAACUUAACCAUCUUUUGAAAGCCCUUGAAACGUCAAAGGCGGAUCUGGAGUCACUUCUGCAGCUACCAGGUGGGAAGCCUCGUGGCUUCAGUGAAGCGGCUGCUCUGCGAGCCUUUGGUCUCCAUUGUCGCCUGAGCAUCCAUCUUCAGCACAAGUUCUGCUCAGAAGGAAAACUGUAUUUGUCCAUUUUGGAAGACACUGGCUUUUGGUUAGAAAGCAAAAUUUUAUCUUUUAUUCAAGAUCAAGAAGAAGACUAUCUGAAGCGUCAUAGAGUCAUUUAUCAGCAAAUUAUUCAGACCUACCUGACUGUGUGUAAAGAUGUUGUUAUGGUAGGCCUUGGUGACCAUCAGUUUCAGAUGCAACUUUUACAGCGGAGUCUCGGGAUCCUCCAAACAGUGAAAGGAUUUUUUUACGUUUCAUUACUUCUUGACAUUCUGAAAGAGAUAACUGGAAAUUCCUUCAUUCAGAAAACAGAUUCAGAUGAAGAAGUAGCAGUGCUGUUGGACACAGUCCAGAAAGUAUUUCAGAAAAUGUUGGAAUGUAUCGCACGGAGCUUCAAGAAGCAACCGGAAGAAGGCCUGCGGCUGCUUUAUUCUGUUCAGAGGCCUCUUCACGAGUUCAUUACCGCUGUUCAGUCUUGGCACACGGACACCCCUGUGCACCGGGGUGUACUUUCUACUCUGAUCGCUGGGCCUGUGGUUGAGAUAAGUCACCAGCUACGGAAGGUUUCUGACACAGAAGAGCUUAGCCCUCCAGAGCAUCUUUCUGAUCUUCCACCAUUUUCAAGGUGUUUAAUAGGAAUAAUAAUAAAGUCUUCGAAUGUGGUCAGGUCAUUUUUGGAUGAGUUAAAGGCAUGUGUGGCUUCUGAUGAUAUUGAAGGCAUUGUGUGCCUCACAGCUGCUGUGCAUAUUAUUCUGGUUAUUAAUGCAGGUAAACAUAAAAGCUCAAAAGUGAAGGAGGUUGCAGCCACUGUUCACAGAAAACUAAAGACAUUCAUGGAAAUUACUUUGGAAGAGGAUAGCAUUGAAAGAUUUCUCUAUGAAUCAUCAUCAAGAACUCUGGGAGAACUUUUGAAUUCAUAACCAAGCCAACAUCUCCAGACGUGUAAGAGUAGGGACAAGGGACUCUAAAGGAAAUGCCUGUGUAUGUUCCUAUUGUUUUUAUUGUUAAUAACCCAUAUGAUAGGGAAAGGGUAGGGUUUUUUGUGGGGGUGUGGGAGGGUGGAGAUUGUGCAGUAGAGAACUCAAAACUUCUUCAGUUUUUGCCCAGUGCCUGCGUAAAUAAUAUAUUUAAUAUAAAGGAUGCCGGGUAUGAAUGGUGUAGGAAUCCAUGAUUCGAAGAAAAAAAAUACACUUUUCUAGCAAACCUGAUUGUUUUUAAAAUGACUUUUAUAUAUGUAAUAUUGCUUGGAAACUAUGAGUAAUAAAGCAAUGACAACAUC